AAUGUUAAUACGCCGACGCAGUAGGGGACGCUGUAUGCUGUUGCACUGACCGGAACCGGCGAGGAGGAAUUGACAGCAUAAGGAGGAAGAAGAGCAGCUGCAGACUCAGAUCUGAAGCUGUCACCGUUUUUUUUGUUGUUGUUCUAAUGACGCUCUCAUUCUCCAUCAGCCACAGGUUUAGCCACCAUGGACCUGGAUCAGUGUCUGGACGAGCUGUUCUGCUUUGCAGAUACAGUGCUAACCGUCCAUCAGGUUCUCCACCAUCAGCAAUACCUCCACCCCCUUUUUCUGCCCCUGCUGGUCACAAUGAAAAAGGCAAAGCCUUAAUGAAGGAGCGCCUCCUGGCUGCUGUUCGGUGUGCAGCCGUGCUUGGGCAGCGCUGGGCUCAGAGGUCAACCCAAACAGCCUCUGCCAGCAUGAACUACUGGUGGGGGAAGUACGAAGAGUUUGUGGGGCUCAACGAAGUCCGCGAAGCUCAGGCCAAGGUGACAGAGGCUGAAGCUGCAUUCAUGGUGGCCAGAGGUCUGGUCCGUGACUCACAUGCCGCCCUAGAGGCCCUGCAGAGUCGUCUGAAGGAGGUCCGAGUCCGUCUGGACAGGGUUUCUAGAGAAGAGGCCCAGUACCUAGAACUGGCAACGAUGGAGCACAAACUUCUGCAGGAAGAACGUCGUCACAGAUCAGACUAUGAGAAAACAGAAAUUUGUGAGAGAGAGAAGUUUGCAUUGUUCUCAGCUGCUGUCAGAGCAAGUCAUGAGAAGGAGAGAACCAGAGCAGAGCGUACUAAGAACUGGUCCGUCAUCGGAUCAGUGCUAGGUGCUUUAAUUGGAGUCAUGGGGUCCACUUACAUCAAUCAUGUCCGUUUACAGGAACUUAAGAACCUUCUUCUUGAGGCCCAGAGAGGUCCACAGAGUUUGCAGGAGGCUCUGAGAGUCCAGGCUGGAAUCCACCAAUCUCAGCAGGAGCAACUCCAAAGUAUAAUUCACGGUCUGAAAAACACAGUGACUAAUGCCAUCACUGCCACAGGGGAGCAUAGGUCCUCGAAUGAAGGUCUAACCCUGAUGUCAUCCUUGGAAGAUCUGCACAUCUGCAACCAAAAGACCCAGUCCGCGGUGAACUCCCUCAUGCCACAACUAAGGAAAUUGGAGCAAGGGCUGGACAGACUGGAGAGGAGGCUGUUACCAGGAAUACCAGGACUGGAGACCCCCCAGGAGCCACUACAGACUUUAGUAGAACACCAGAAGAGACACAGCUCCGUCUUCAGCUUCACUGCUGCUACUGCUAUCACUGUGGCCACACUUUACCUGAUGUUCAGAGCAGCUACCGGCUGAACAACCGUCAUAGCUGUGAACAUGUGUGCAGGGCACUUUGGAUAUUUCUGCUGUAAUGACCUCCUGAAUUCAUGAACAAGCACCAAGUUUCUCACACCCAAUGUUUUAUUCACUUUUUUUCCCCGAAAUUGAUUCAUUUUUAUUCUACUGGUCUUUGAGAUGGAUAAAGUUAGAAUCUGAAUAAAUGUUGAUUGAAAACUGACCCGAAACUAACCUAGAAACCUCGGUAGAAGCAUUUAUUCUCAUAGUUCAAUGAAGUACAGCUUAUUUAAGAAAGAAAAAAAAUAACGCUAGCCUGAUGUGUGAGAGACAGGUUGAAAACGUACUAAAUAAUGUCAUUUGAAUUUAAUCAAAUUAAAAGUAUCUUUUAAAAAA